AAUCUCAUAGAUUUUCAGCAAUGGCGGCGCCCUUGCAAAGCACGGGUGUCAAUGGAACAUAUCAGAACAACACACCCAAAUUAACGCCCAAAGACGUUGAAAGUUUUAGUUUUGUUAUGGAUCAUGUUAUUGGCAAUCGUAAAGAGAGGAGGGCACAGGUUAUUCCACUUGGAGGGAUCCCGCAGUUCCCCAAAACUAGAGAAGAGAUGCUGGUGUCUGGCUUUUUCGAGAGCUGUGUGUGCAAAUCGGCAUUAAGCUGUGUUGCAGGGUUUGGACUGGGUGGUUUGUUUGGAUUGUUUACUGCUGGUGUUGACCCCAUGUCCACAAUGUCUACUGAAACUCCUACUACAAGAAUGGUCCUAAAAGAAAUGAGGGCAAGAUUCUGGUCCUAUGGCAAAAACUUUGCCAUUGUUGGAGCAAUGUUUGCUGGAACAGAAUGUUGUUUAGAGACAUAUCGAGGAAAGACUGAGCUUGGGAAUGGUACAAUUACUGGAUUUAUUGUCGGAGGUGUUCUUGGCCUCCGAGCGGGACUGAAGGCUGGGUUGUUUGGUGCCAUGGGAUUUGCCGCUUUUUCUACAGCCAUUGACUUUUAUUUGCGUCAUUGACAUAAGAUUGAUUUAAACAUGUUGUAUAUAGUUUGUAAAUAUUUCACACAAUUAAAUAUAAAUAUACAUGUAAUAUUAUU